AUGGUUGGCGAGGACAACGUGUUCUUGAGCAUUUACGAAAACGACAGCGGCGAGCAAGGCGCCGCUGCCUUGGAGGAAUUCAAGAAGAAUGUGCCGAGCAAGCACAAAAUCGUCAUCGACGACCACGUCGACUACAACAUCUUCCCCCACAUCACCAUGCCCGACGGCACACAGCGACUGAAGCGCCUCGCCUACCUCGCCGAGAUGCGCAACCGCGCACUAUACCCCCUCGACCAGUUUGACCCCGACGUCGAAGUGGUCCAGUACGACAAGAUCCUGUUUCUCAACGAUGCCAUGUUUGCGCCGGUCGAUGCCGCCCACCUGCUCUUCAGCACCAACACUGGCGACGACGGGCGCACCCACUACCUCUCGGCCUGCUCCAUCGACUUCGACUGGAACGUGUUUACGGAAUACGACCUCUACGCCCAGAGAGACGCGCAGGGGUACUCAAACGGCAUCCCCAUCUUCCCCUAUUUCACCAACGCGGGCCAGGGCAUCUCUCGCAAGGCUAUGGUCUCGCAGACAGACGCGGUUCCCGUCAAGAGCUGCUGGGGCGGAAUGGUGGCCAUGCAGGCCAAAUGGAUCCAGAACAUGGACAAGCAGCUGCCCACCAAGGACUGGCAGGCUCCUGCGCACCAUGUCAUCAACCCGGAUCACCCCCACAACGCCACGGCCCCGGUGCGCUUCCGGUAUGAGCCCGAGGUGUAUUUUGAUGCCUGCGAAUGCUGUCUGUUCCUGGCGGACGUCUCGACCGUGGCAGAGAAGGCCGGCGAGAUGGACACGGGCGUGUUCGUCAACCCCUACGUGCGCGUCGCAUACCGGAAACGGACGCAACGGCUUGAGCGCCUCGUCCGCCACUGGGAGAGGCUCUUUGCUCUGCCUCAGGGCAUCAUUACUCACUUCUCGCGGUUCCCCACGCCGAACCCGCACCGUGAGGUGGUGGAGGGCCAGCGCUUCCAAGAGGAAAUCUACCAACGUAGGGAGGGGUGGAAGAUGGUGGAGCGGACGGGCCGCAACGGUAUGUUCUGCGGCGUGCGCGAGAUGCAGCUCAUCAAGGAGGGGCCGCGUGUGGGCAAGAACUGGGAGAAUUGGUACCAGAUCCCAUGGGCGGAGCAGAAGCUGCACUUUCCCAUUUGA